UUUGGAUUUUCAACAGGUACUUAUAAAUUUGGGUGAACAUCUUUAUCCUUGGUUUUCCCCAAAUAACCAACAGCUUUGGCAGUAUGAUCUUGGUUGUUUUUGAUUUGUACUUUGUGUGGUUGGCUUUUCUUAAAAUUUGGGACUACUGUUGUAAAAUUUAGUUUGUGCCUUAAGAGUUCAGUUUACAGGGGAAAGCAGAAAAACAGUGUCUAGCAUGGAGCUUUUGAGACUUAGAACAGGGCCUGAAAUACUGAGACUAUGGGGGAAAUAUAUUUAAUAUGUUGAAAACUGCUUAGAUCCUAACUCAGGGCCCUAAGUGGUUUUAAAAGCUACACACACAGGGCCGGGGCAGAGAUGUUCACAGCCGCAGCGUUGGCUUUAGCUGGGGUGAGCAUGGCCGGUGACAGGUUUGCUGGGGUUCAGAGUGUCGGUGGAGGAGGAGGACCACAGGUCUGAAAGUCCUUUGGAACUUUUCUGGAAAUUGUGCUUAAGAGGAGGUGGGGGUGGGGCCUCAAGACCCUGGAGGCUUUUGUAACCUGGGCGCAGCCUGUGACCUGAGGGAUCCAGGGAUGUCUCGCUGGUGGUGAUGAAGAAGCUGAGCAGGAGCUGGGAUGGACCCCAUAGCUUACGCUGAGCUGCUGAAAGAAUCUGGCAACCAGGGUUUUAAGAGUGGGAACUUCUCUUUGGCCAUCAGAAAGUACGAUGAAGCCAUCCAGAUUCUCCUGCGGUUAUACCAGUGGGGUUCUGGAGACUGGGAAGUCCAAGGUCCGGGUGGCGGCCACUUCAUUUCCUGGGUCCCCCCCAGGGACUUGGCUGUGCUGCUAUGCAACAAAUCCAACGCGUUUUACAGCCUUGAGAAAUGGAACGAGGCCUACGUGGCUGCCAAGGAGUGUCUCCAGUGGGACCCGACCUACGUAAAGGGGUACUAUCGAGCUGGUUAUUCCUUGCUGAUGUUGCGCCAGCCUUAUGAAGCCGCUCGCAUGUUUUUUGAGGGUCUGCCGCUGGUGAGGAGCAGCCAGGACAAGACCCAGAUUGCUGAUUUCUUGGUGGCAGUCUUCACCACGAUGGGCAGUGACUCCGUUGUUUUGCAGAGUUUUUUGCCCUGCUUUGAUCGUAUUUUCACUACUGGAUUCUCCAAUGAAGUGUGGCAAUCUGUAAUAGAAAAGUUGGCAAAGAAAGGAUUAUGGCAUUCAUUUCUGCUCCUGUCAAUGAAGAAAGACCGGCUUCCAAGAAAUCUCCACGUCCCAGAUUUAUCACUGAAAAGUCUCUUUGAGAAAUAUGUCUUCAUCGCACCUUAUGAGAAAGUGAAGCAGGUGCCCAGGUUAGUGCAGUGGCUCGUCUGCAUGGGUGCGAAUGUCGAGAGCAUAGGACCGUACCCUCUGCACACCCUCAUGCGCCUCUGCAUCCAAGCCGGGGAAAGCCAACUUUUCAGGUGGUUAAUGGACUACAAACCCGAGUUGAAAGGUCGCAUCAACCAGAAGGAUGAGGAUGGCUGCACUGUCCUCCAUGUGGUUGCCGCCCACUCCCCAGGGUACCUCGCCAAGCGGCAAACAGAGGAUGUACAGAUGCUCCUGCGCUUUGGGGCUGACCCCACCCUGGUGGAUCGACAGUCCCGGUCUGCCGUGGAUGUCCUGAAGAGGAACAAGAACUUCAGAGCCAUUGACAAAAUCAACACCCACUUGGAAAAGCUGGCAGCGUGUUCUAAGGACCUCUCAGAACUGAGCAUUGGUGAGGGACCAGCUAACGAGGGGGACAUUUUCCAGAAAGUCUGCGAGCAGCUGGUGACAUACAUGAACUCAGGAAGUCACUUGUUGCAGAAAAACUUUCUGAAGCAAGAAGUGGUUCAGAGGUUCUUGCGCCUCCUUUCUUCUUUGCAAGAAAUCCCUCCUGAUCUGGUCUAUGACAUUGACCGCGGCUGUGCCAACGCCUUCUUCAAGUUUUUACUGGAAAAACAGAAGUGGCCCGAAGUGCUUUUGCUGCUGACCCGAAAGGUGAGCGGGCAGCCACCGCUCGGGGACUGUCUCAUCAAAGACUGCGACCUCUCGAACCUCGACCUCUGUGCCAUCCUCCCCCACCUCAGGGUCUGGGACCAGCGGAGGACCCUGCUCCUGGACCGCCUGAUAGACCAUGGAGCCUUGCUAGAGGGUCUCCAGAGCAGCCAGGAGACGCCGCUUGCUGUGUGCAUGAAGCAUGAGGACUUCGACCUGGCCUUCCUCCUCUUGACCAAGGGCGCAGACCCCCGAAGUAUUUCUCUCACAGAAGGUGACACUCCCUUGCAUGCUGCGCUCCACAUCUUUCUAGAUAUCAAAGCUGACAUCGGUUUUAACUUCCUCAACCACCUGCUGGAUCUGUUCUGGUCCAAGCCAGAGGAGUUUUCCUACCUCAACCCCAACAUGCAGGAUGGCAGCGGGAACACACUGAUGCAUAUCCUCUUCCAGAAAGGCAUGCUCAAACGCACGGGAAAGCUGGUAGGUCUGCUGGCGAAGUUUGACAUCAACCUCAAUCUGAAGAACAAGGAAGGCAGAGACGCGCGGCACCGCGUGAAGAAGAACGACCCACUGCUCUUGGCCUGGAACAAAGCCGUGAUGGAGAGCAGGCGCCGGGGCCGGCAGGAUGCCGCUGCCCACCCCGGAAAGCCCCCACGCCCGGCGGCCCUGGCUCACACCGCUCAGGUCAAGGGCUCCUCCAAGCUUCUGCCGGGCCCUAUGCGAGCCCCACCCAAAGAAGCCAGGGUUCCUGACAGCUGGGAGACCCUCCCUGAUGCCCAGGCUACAAGGCCAGAGCCUGGGGCUGCCAGGCCCUGCUCUAGGAAAGACUGCCUCCUGCAGGACAUCACAGCUUUGAUUCAGCAGCUGGAAUUGGAUUCAUCCCUCCCGGAGGACUGUCCCCAGAGCCCCAAGACUCUGGAGACAGGAGCUGGUACCAAAGAAGAGAAAGACGAGCUGCAGGGUGCCCCGGGGGCGGGGGGCUCUGAUUGCAGCGGGAGCAACCCGGGGGCCCUGGAGGCUGCGGAGGGACACGUGCAGGCAGGCCUUUUGGCCCCGCGGCUCCUUCCGGAGGGUAGCAGGGGGACAGAGGGCAGUGACGACCAGGACGACUGGAGUGUGUCAGAGAUGGACGUCUCCCUCCUGGACUUCGAGAACAUGACGUGGGAGAUCGAGUGCACUUCGGAAAUGCUGAAGAAGCUGUCCAGCAAGGUCAUGACCAAGGUCAUGAAGAAGAAAAUCAUCCUUGCCAUCCAGAAGCUGGGCAAUGGUGAGUGGACCCCGGGCCUGCGGAAGCGGCUGAGGAACCUGAAAGGAAGCAUCCAGCUCUUUGAGGCCAAGCUGGACAAGGCGGCCCGGAUGCUGUGGGAGCUGGCGAUUGACUUCUCCCCACGGUGCAGUGAGAACCCCGAGAAGAUCAUGGCCGCGGAGCGCAGCAUGCACCCCACCGAGAAGUCCGGGCGGGUCUACACGGAAAUCAUACGGAUCUGGGACAUCGUCUUAGACCACAACAAACUGUCCUGCUCCAUCCAGGCCAUCUGCAGCGCCUACAACCGGGGCUUGUCCUGCAUCCUGCGCAAGAAGCUGAAGGGCAUCAACAAGGGCGAGGUGUCCGCCAAUAUGAAAAUCCAAAAGCGGAUCCCCCGCUGCUACGUGGAGGACACGGAGGCCGAGAAGGGCGGGGCCCGCGCCGAGCCCGAGUACUUCCCCCCGGCCAGCGCGGUGGAGACGGAGUUUAACAUCAUGAAGUUCCACAGCUUCAGCACCAACAUGGCCUCCAACAUCCUCAACGACAUCACGGCCACGGUGGAGUACCCGUUCCGGGUGGGUGAGCUCGAGUACGCGGUGAUCGGCCUCAACCCCAGGCCGCUGGAACCCAUCAUCCUCAUUGGACGCAGCGGCACGGGCAAGACCACCUGCUGCCUAUACAGGCUGUGGAAGAAAUUCCACGGCUACUGGGAGAAAGCCGAGCAGGCGGGGAGCCCGCUGCUGGCGAAGCAGAUCUGGCUGAAGCGAAGGCUGGAACUGGAGCCCAGAAAGGAGGGUCAGGGUGGGGAGGAAGAAGAGGAGGAGGAGGAAGAAGAGGAGGAGGAGGAGGAGGAGGAGGAGGAAGAAGGAUCCAUGGAGGUGGGAACAGUGGGCAGCCUGGAGGAGGAGCAGGAGAGUGAAGCUGGUGCAGAGGGAGCCAGUGGGGAGCCAGGAGGGCCCGGCCAAGGGGAGGAAGAACUCGCCCCACAAGAGCCCCCCCAGCUGGAGCACUUACAUCAGAUCUUCGUGACCAAGAACCACGUCCUGUGCCAGGAGGUGCAGAGGAAUUUCGUGGAGCUUUCCAAGUCUACCAAGGCCACGAGUCACUACAAGCCGCUGGAACCCAAUGUCCACAAGCUCCAGGACCUCAGGGAUGAGAACUUUCCUCUGUUCGUCACCUCUAAGCAGCUGCUCCUCCUGCUGGAUGCUUCUCUGCCCAAACCGUUUUUUCUUAGAAACGAAGAUGGCAGCUUGAAAAGAUCCAUCGCAGGAUGGUCCACGCAGGAAGAGCUGACCAUCACCAACUGGCAGGAGGAUGAGGAGGAGGCUGAGGCCGAUGGGGACUAUGGCGAGGAGGAAAAAACCAUGGAAACGCGCCCGAGCGACAGCGACCCCCGGGUGUAUGUGACGUUUGAGGUGUUCGUCAAUGAGAUAUGGCCCAAAAUGAUAAAAGGGAAAACCUCCUACAACCCUGCCCUGAUUUGGAAAGAAAUAAAAUCUUUUCUCAAGGGGUCUUUUGAGGCCCUCAGCUGCCCCCGGGGGAGACUCACGGAAGAAGCAUAUAAGCAAUUAGGGCGGAAGCGGUGCCCCAACUUCAAGGAAGACCGGAGCGAGAUCUACGGCCUCUUCUGCCUGUAUCAGCAGAUUAGGUCUCAGAAAGGGUACUUUGACGAUGAGGAUGUUCUGUACAACCUGUCCCGGAGGCUGUCGAAGCUCAAGGUGCUCCCGUGGUCCAUCCACGAGCUCUAUGGUGAUGAGAUCCAGGACUUCACCCAGGCCGAGCUGGCGCUGCUGAUGAAAUGCAUCAACGACCCCAACGCCAUGUUCCUCACGGGGGACACGGCCCAGAGCAUCAUGAAAGGCGUGGCCUUCCGCUUCAGCGAUCUGCGCUCCCUGUUCCACUACGCCAGCAAGAACGCUGUGGACAAGCAGUGCGCAGUGCGCAAGCCCAAGAAGAUCCACCAGCUGUACCAGAACUACAGGUCCCACUCCGGAAUCCUCAAUCUGGCAUCUGGAGUGGUAGAUUUACUUCAGUUCUAUUUCCCGGAGUCUUUCGAUCGCCUUCCAAGGGAUUCUGGCCUUUUCGAUGGCCCCCGGCCAAUUGUCCUGGAAUCCUGUAGUGUGAGUGACUUGGCAAUAUUGCUUCGAGGCAACAAAAGGAAAACCCAGCCCAUUGAAUUUGGAGCCCACCAGGUGAUCCUUGUAGCCAAUGAAAUGGCAAAGGAGAAAAUUCCAGAAGAGCUGGGAUUGGCACUUGUGUUAACAGUUUACGAAGCCAAAGGCUUAGAAUUCGAUGACGUCCUCCUUUACAACUUCUUUACUGACUCUGAGGCUUACAAGGAAUGGAAGAUCAUUUCUUCAUUUACUCCAUCCUCCGAGUGCAAAGAGGAAAGCCAGCCAAUGAUUGAGGUGCCCUUGGAAAAUUGCAGCUCCUCCCAGGGCCGGGCUCUCCCAGUGAAUCCGGAAAUGUACAAGCUCCUCAACGGGGAGCUGAAGCAGCUGUACACGGCCAUCACCCGGGCUCGGGUCAACCUCUGGAUCUUUGAUGAAAACCCAGAGAAGCGGGCUCCUGCGUUCAGAUAUUUCAUGAAGAGGAAAUUUGUCAAGGUUGUGAAAACGGACGAAAACAAAGACCUUGAUGAUAGCAUGUUUGUUAAGACCUCGACCCCUGGGGAGUGGAUCGCACAAGGAGAUUACUACGCUAAACACCAGUGCUGGAAGGUUGCUGCCAAAUGUUACCAAAAGGGAGGGGCGCUCGAGAAGGAGAAGCUGGCUCUGGCCCACAACACCGCCCUGAACAUGAAAUCCAAGAAAGUCAGCGUCAAGGAAAAGCAGGUGGAGUAUUUGGAGCUGGCUAAGACCUAUUUGGAGUGCAAGGAGCCCAAGCUGUCCCUUAAGUGUCUGAGCUACGCCAAGGAGUUCCAGCUAUGUGCCCAGCUGUGCGAGCGUCUGGGGAAGGUAAAAGAUGCCGCCUAUUUCUAUAAGCGAAGUCAGUGUUACAAAGAUGCUUCCCGAUGCUUUGAGCAGAUUCAGGAAUUUGAUCUAGCCCUCAAAAUGUACUGCCAAGAGGAGCUGUUUGAAGAAGCGGCUAUGGCAGUGGAAAAGUAUGAAGAAAUGCUAAGGGCCAAGGCCCUUCCUGUCUCCAAGCUAUCCUAUUCUGCCAGCCAGUUUUACUUGGAAGCUGCAGCCAAGUACCUGAGCAUGAAUAAAACGAAGGAGAUGAUGGCUGUGCUCUCGAAGCUUGACACCGAAGACCAGCUGGUGUUCCUGACAUCUCGGAAGCGGCUGGCGGAGGCCGCCGACCUGCUCAACAGGGAAGGUCGGAGGGAAGAGGCUGCCCUGCUGAUGAAGCAGCACGGCUGCCUGUUGGAGGCUGCCAGGCUCACUGCUGACAAGGACUUCCAGGCCUCGUGUCUUCUAGCAGUUGCCCGUCUCAACGUGGCCAGGGAUUCCGACGUCGACCUUACCAAGACCAUCCUCAGAGAAGCCCUGGACCUCUGCCAUCAGACCAACCAGCUGUCUGGCAUCGCCGAGGCCCACUUCCUGCAGGGGGUGAUCAUGAGAGAUUUCUUGAAGCUCAAGGAUGCUUUCCUGAAGUUUGGCACCCUCAACCACUCGGCGGGGGCAGUGGAGGCGCUCUACCAAGCCACCAGCCGCUGUGAGGUCCAGCCUGAGGAAGUCCUGGCUCUGGCUCCGGGGGGCCUUGAAGUCCUCCUCGAUCUGGUCAGGGCCCUCAGAAGAGUGAACACCAAUGCCGAGAAGGAGAUGGUCAAGUCUUGCUUUGAAUUUUUUGGGGUCUCACAGGUGGAUGCCAAGUACUGUCAGAUAGCUCAGAACGACCCUGGACCCAUAUUACGCAUCAUUUCUGACCUGGAUUUGAACUUGAAGGAGAAGAAAACAAAAGACCAUUUCUUGAUAAUGAUGGAUCAGGUGAAAUUAGCCCUAAACAAGCACCUUCUGAGCAGGCUAUGUCAGAUCACAGAGAGCCUGCUUGCGAAGACCUACCCGGGUGUCUGCAUGAAGUUUGUCGUGGGCUUAAAAUGCGAGGACGGAUGCUGUGAAGACUUCCACAGGCCUUUGCGGCGUCACGAGGCCAAGUGUUUGGUCCAGUCAAAAAUACACCUGGUGGCCAUCAAGGGGUUACUGUUGGAAGCCAAAAGAGUAUUUCCUAAAGUCUUAGCUGAAGAACUUGAAGAGAUCGAUUACAUUUUGUCUCUGGACAAGCACGGCCUUUGCAGAUCCUUGCUGAAUGUCGUCUUCCCUAAGCAUUUCCACCAGCGAGUGUUGUCAGAAAACCCUAUGGCGUGCAAAGAAGUCCUCAAGCCACAUUACAAAUCCUUCCGAUCCUACAGGUCUGCCCUGAAAGAAUACAUCCACGUCCUGUUUCAAAACGAAAGGGCCCGAAGCCGCCGGGAGUCCACGGACCUGUGGCUGAGCGCCAUACAGGCUUUUCUUCUGUCUUCCAGCUACCCCGAUGAGCUCGACAAGCUGCUCCACCAGGAGGAGGACCAGUACAACCGGGAACUCAAAGCCCUGCAGUCUGAACAAGAGAAAAGGGGCAGGGACAGAGGCAGCAGGAUGAAAGGAGUAGAAGGGAAAUUCGGCAUGCUGGCGCCCAACAAGGAUGACGAGAGCGCGGAGAAGCCCCACCUGUGCUUCAUCCGACUGCUGCAGGACUCCAUCCACCAGUUCUACGUGUGCAGGAACCCAGAAGACUUCAAGAGGCGCUUUUUCCGUUUCAUGAAUGUCCUGGUCAAGAGGUGCAAAGAGCCGCUGAUCCCCAGCAUCGGGAACACGGUGGCCCUGCUGGAGUUCCAGUUCGUCCACUGCGGGGCGGUCCUGGCCCGCCUCUGCAAGAAUGCCGUCUUGUGCCUCCCGAAGAGCUACAUCGCGCUUUUGCAUUACUGGGAGUUCCUGUUCAGCAAGAAGGACCGGGAGCCGGGGGACGUGUUCGCCAUCAUUCAGGAGUACAGACCCAAGGACCUGGCCAGGGCCAUUCAGAAGUUCCGGUUCCACCUGUCCUACCUCGUCAAGGUGCUCUGCGGCUGCGAGAAUGCCAACUUCAACGUCCUGCUGGACGCCUUCAGCGACAUCGACUACGUGGUGUCCGGGGAGGCCGAGCGGACACUGGUGCUGUGCCUGGUGAUGCUGGUGAACACCGAGGGUGUGCUGCAGCCAUCCUGCAAGCCUCUCCUGUCCAGCCAGUUCCAGGAGCUCGAAGCCAGGCUGCAGCUGCUGGGCAUGGAGUGCCCGGGCCAGGUCCCGGAGCGCCUGCUCAGAGUGGUGAAGCGAGUGCGGCUGGCGGUCAACGUGAAGUCCGUGGCAGAGGCGCUGCAGGAUCUGCUCUUUGAGCGGGAUGAAGAGUUCCUGAUGGACUGCCGCUGGCAGUGGGACAGCGGGCACGCCAAAGGGACUGCCGUCCGGGGCCUCUACCACGAGGAGAUCAGGCUGAACCGCCUCUUCUCCGUGGAUCCCGUGGACUACUUGGCCGAACCCGAAUACGAGGUCGGCCAGGACGAGCCGGAGGAGCUGGCCUUGGAGGGGGACCACGUCCUCGCCUCCAUCCUCUCGCAGAAGCAGCGGAGGGCUUCCAUCCGCCGGAAGAUGCGGAGGGUUUGCCUGGUAGUGUCUUUGUGCAUCAGAUGGAAGAGAGGAAGGGCGGGAGGCCAGGCCGAGCACUUCAGGGAGGAGGGCAGGGAGCCCGCGGCUGGGAACUUCAAAAAGGCUGAUGUGGACCGGACCCAGUGCGACCUGUGCGGGGUCAAGUUCACCCGCGGGCCCGAGAACUAUUUCACCCCAGAUCAGGCAUUUGAGGGUGCGGCUCCUGAGGCUGUAGCCCUUUCUGGGGCAGAGCUGGAAGAUGAGCAAGGUUGGGAGAGGAGCAGUGAGUCCUACGAGCAGCACAUCCGCCUGGAAAGCCACCAGACGCAGCAAGUGGCCUACCAGAGGUACUUGGAGUUUUUCCGUGAGAAGGUGGACCCGGCGAUGGAGGAAGGCAAGCUGGUGGUGCAGGAUAUGGAGCAGAGCGCUUGGGGUCGCAGACACCUGGGCGCCAAAGAGCACAGCCAUGUACUACAGAGGAAGGUCCAGGAGAACAUCAAGAAGGUCUCCGACUCAGUGGAGGACCUCUACAGGCGGAAGGCCUGGGCUGAUGCGGAGGAGGUCAUGGCUCGGCUGGUCAACAUGCUGAUCCCGUCCGUCAGGGAUGCACAGGAGUGGCUGAGGAAAACACAGCUGCACCAGGAGGAAGGUGUCAUUCAGGAAGAUGUUUACGAAAAUGAAGUGGAAGACUUUGGUGAGCUUCGUCCCAGAAGGCGUCCUCGGAAAUGUGCAAAGCAGAAGAAGCACUAACAUCCACAUAGCUGCUGCUGCUUAAACCUUCAGAACGUUCCAUCCUGACUUAGAAUCCCAAGUGCUGGGGCAGAAGAGGAAAAGAAUAUACAUUAACAGCGAAAGUGGGAUGAGGGGUCUAACAUCACCUUUGCUUUUCAUCCUUAUUAUUUCUCUCUCUGUGGCGGCUUAGGGUCCACUGCUUCCUCAGAGAAGGGGCCUCUUAAGUGCUUUGCCAAGUUUGAGUCCAGCAGGACUGGUUCUCCCUAAAACAAGCUCAAAUGACCAGAGUCAUAGCUGCAGGAAACCUUGGGACCCACCCCCCGCCCCCCAAGGCUCCCAGGUUCUCUCGCUCAUCAUCACCACGACCCCAGUCAGUAGCAGGUACACCCCUCACCUCAGUGUUACCACUGCCCUGGCCUGAGAACCAUGCCCUUAGCCUUUUCUCUCCGCAGAAACUUUUCUGCCUGCUUUGCCCCCAUUUGUUGAGAUCAUUCUCAGCCACCUGUGCAAGUGGCUAUUAGACUACCUCAGAAUGUAGUCAAGAAUUCCCCAUCUCCUUGGGGAGCAGCCAGCCUCAGGACCAGCUCCCUGGAAGGAGAGGCUGGGGGAUGUGGCUGUGGUGGGUUCCCGGCCUAUCUCUCCAAGGUUGUCUCCACCCUCUCUUGGCUCUGUUGCAGGCCUUCCAAACAGUGUUUUGUGUGUAGCCCUGUCUGUCUUGUUUCCUUGGGUCUCUGUGGCAAGUCGCCCUAGCUGACCUUGACAUUCCGAUGAGUUUCCCCGCACUGAGCUCCCCGCCGGGGCAGAUUCAUAGGGAUUUGGCUGUGAGUCACCGCCCCAUGGCUUGCAGGUCUGGGAAGAGGAGGGGACCGUGGGCCUGUUUGCAGGAGGCCACUGCUGCCCACCGAGCCAUCGGUCUGUCCCUUUCCAGAAACCCACCUGCCUCUCUCACCAUCACUGCCCUCCCUGCCCCCAAUCCUGAGCCCACCCUGGUGCCAAAGGUCAGGCUCGCGGGAGUCGGUCGCUGUUUCCGCAUCACCACGAACCUGCCUUCUCCCCUCUCCCCGAGCCGCUGCCGCUUUGGCUGCUGUUUUCUCUUCAUUGUCUUUCUGAAAGGACUCUUGUUUCCUUGAAAUGUAAGGUUUUUAAUUUUUAUUAGGUUAUGGUUCUAAUUUUUAUUCCAGGUGUUUUUAUAAACUUCAUUUGCCAGAAGAAAAAGGAGAAGAAAAAAAAAAUCAAAUCUUGCUGUACGAUCACAUUUUUAUAAAGUUAAAUCAUUUCUCUUAC